AACUUCGGUCGCAUUGGAGCACUGAAGGAAUACUUCCUGUUCGCUGACAAACGACUUCACAAGAGAUCCCUCUCUAGCAGCGAGUCACAUCACAAGACGUUAAGGGAUGAGCCGAGGGUACGAUGGUUCCAGCAGCAACACGAGAAGAAACGCAAGAAAAGGGACUUCGUGCCCACGUCGUUCGCGUUCUCCGAUUAUCCGGCGUUUUUCGAUGAGUUUGGACCACGUCCUAGGCAGGCCACGUUCCAUCGACAGAGAAAUAGAGGCGUGCCUCUUCAGAACCUGUUCACGGAUCCGCUCUUUAAGGAACAGUGGUACCUGAACGGAGGAGCCAAAGAUGGCUACGACAUGAAUCUUGGCCCUGCGUGGCAGAAGAGUUACACUGGCAAGGGUGUCGUCGUGUCGAUCCUCGACGACGGCAUACAGACGAAUCAUCCGGACCUGGCGCUGAAUUACGAUCACCAAGCCAGCACGGAUAUCAAUGACAAUGACAACGAUCCGAUGCCAAGGGAUAACGGCGACAACAAGCAUGGGACGCGGUGCGCCGGGGAGGUUGCCGCGGUUGCUUUCAACCAAUACUGCGGCGUCGGCGUCGCGUACAACGCGAGCAUCGGAGGCGUGCGAAUGCUCGAUGGCCCGGUAAACGAUGCCGUCGAAGCCAGAGGGCUGGGAUUGAAUCCUGAUCACAUCGAUAUAUACAGCGCAUCUUGGGGCCCGGAGGACGAUGGAAAAACCGUCGAUGGUCCUGGCCCUCUUGCCAGGAGGGCGUUCAUCUAUGGCGUAACCAGCGGUCGCAAAGGCAAGGGCUCGAUCUUCGUGUGGGCGUCGGGUAACGGUGGUCGGCACACGGACUCGUGCAAUUGCGACGGUUACACGAACAGUAUCUUUACGCUGUCCAUAUCGAGUGCUACUCAAGGUGGUUACAAGCCUGUAGACAUGGACGCGAAACUGAGGCCAGAUCAUAUUUGCACGGUCGAGCACACAGGAACUUCAGCCUCGGCCCCGUUGGCCGCUGGCAUCGCCGCCCUGGCAUUGGAGGCAAACCCGAGCCUCACGUGGAGGGACAUGCAGUACCUGGUGGUCCUCACCUCGAGAUCUGGCCCACUUGAAAAGGAGCCCGGUUGGAUCCUGAACGGGGUGAAGAGAAAGGUCUCCCACAAAUUCGGUUAUGGGCUCAUGGACGCAGGCGCUAUGGUGAACCUUGCCGAACAGUGGACCAACGUGCCACCUCAACAUAUUUGCAAGUCCGAUGAGAUCAGCGAGGAGAGGCGUAUCGAUCCAACCUACGGUUACACGCUGAGCGUGUACAUGGAUGUCACCGGUUGCGCUGGAUCCUUAAACGAGGUCCGCUUCCUCGAGCACGUGCAGUGCAAGGUUUCGUUAAGGUUCUUCCCACGUGGAAACUUGAGAUUGCUGUUGACUUCUCCAAUGGGCACUACGUCGACGUUACUCUUCGAGAGGCCACGGGACGUCCUCAGCUCGAGCUUCGACGAUUGGCCCUUCCUCAGCGUACACUUCUGGGGUGAGAAGGCGGAUGGUCGAUGGACCCUGCAGAUCAUUAACGCAGGAAGUCGGCACGUGAACUCUCCAGGGAUCCUAAAGAAGUGGCAGCUGAUCUUCUAUGGAACCGCGAUCAACCCGAUCAGGAAACGAACGCGUCAAUUUAACCCGGUACAAGCGCAUUCUUCGUACGCCUACGUGCAUUAUCCAUUCCCUGUAGACGAUGACUCGCUAGCGUUGGGCCAUCGCGGCGACGUCGACUUCUUUCCUUCCUCUACCUUUCAGGGCUACCAGGGCCCGUACGUCGGCGCGGCGUCCAACGUCCAGGCGUCUGUGGCGACGUUAGACGGCUCUUCAGCUCCUAUCCUGACCAAUCGACUGCCUGGGGACACGUCGUCUUCCUUCGAUUCACCGGCGUCCUCGUCCCAAGUCGGGGACGACUCGCUCGACACUACUAGAAAAAUUCUUCAUGACUGUGAUCCCCAGUGCGAUCCUCAGGGCUGUUACGGGAAAGGGCCCACCCAGUGCAUCGCUUGCAAGAAUUAUCGGCUCGACAACACGUGCGUGAGUCGAUGUCCUCCAAGGAGCUUCCCGAACCAAGGAGGCGUAUGUUGGCCUUGCCAUGAAUCCUGCGAAAUCUGUGCCGGAGCUGGCCAGGAUUCUUGUCUCUCCUGUGCACCUGCUCACCUGCGAGUUACCGAUCUAGCAGUAUGUCUGCAGCAGUGUCCAGAAGGGUAUUACGAAAACACAGAGAACAGUACAUGUGUACCCUGCGAGGCGAACUGCGCCAGUUGCCAAGAUAGGCCGGAUAAAUGCACCAGUUGCGAGCAUCACCUGGUAAUGUACGAAAACAAGUGUUACGCAGCAUGUCCCCUAUACACCUACGAGACGCAAGAUUACAACUGCGCGCCGUGUCAUUCUACGUGCGAGACCUGUAACGGCACCGCUGAGAACCAAUGCAUCUCCUGUCGACCCGGAUUGUUUUCUCUGAACGGAACCUGUCGAGCUUCUUGCCAGGUCGGGUACAGCGCCGACAAGAAAAGACGGGAGUGCGUACCUUGUCCAGCUGGAUGUGCCACCUGCACGAUGUCGACUUGCACGAAUUGCAACGACGGCUGGACCCUUAACGAGGAUGGUCUGUGCGCCCCUGAAUAUCGUGAUCGCUGCGAUACCUCUGAGUAUUACGACAGUGGCCACUGUAAGCCGUGUCAUGCCUCGUGCAAGACUUGUUCCGGUUCUACGGAAAAUCAUUGCAUCUCCUGUCAAAACUCGAUGCUCCUCCAAGGGAAACGGUGUCUUUACCAGUGCGACGAUGGCUACUACUCGAUGGUACAACCCUCUAGGCCAGUGUGCGUGCCUUGUUUGCAUACCUGCAAAACGUGCGUGUCUAGGUUGAACUGUACCGCCUGUCACGAUGGAUUGCAACUGCAGAGCGGAGAAUGCAGAUCUUCUUGCGCACAGGGAUAUUACAGCGAUCGAGGUCAGUGCGCGAAAUGCUACCUGUCGUGCAAAACGUGUUCCGGACCUAGAAGAGAUCAAUGCGUAACCUGUCCUCGUGGUUGGCAAUUGGCAGCGGGAGAGUGUCAUCCGGAGUGUCCCGAAGGAUUCUUCAAAUCCAACUUUGGUUGCCAGAAGUGUCACCAUUACUGUCGCACGUGCAAAGGAGAAGGACCAAUGGAAUGCACUUCUUGUCCUCCACACUCAAUGCUCGAGGGUGGCCUGUGCAUGGAGUGCCUCGGAGCACAAUACUACGACCCUCUCACGCAACUCUGCAAGAAUUGCCACGCCGAUUGUCGAAGAUGCACAGGCCCUGGAAAAUUUAGCUGCGCUGCUUGCUCCCCACCGUUGCACUUGGACAAAUUGAACAAUCAGUGCGUACCUUGUUGCACGGGUAACGAGAAAGGACCUCAGGCUGAGGAAUGCUGCCUCUGUGAUCCAGAAACCGGUGGCUGCAGGAACAGCUCACCGGCUGGCAAAAGGAGAGUUCCAGGAACAGAGUUCGCCUCGGCUGACACAGCCAUUUCUGAAGUAUAUGCAAAAUACGAAGGGACAACCGAUAAAAACGAUUCAGCCUCGCUGGCGAUAACAGCGACUACAACUAUAGCCGUGGCCAUUUGUCUGGUUUCAGUUGCCUUGUUUGCUACUAUAUUCAUCGCACUUCAGGCAAUGUCAGGUAGAAGAGAAACGAACAAGGGUUACACGCAACUGGCCGUGAGGGUGGAACCUCCGGACGAUGUUGACGCGGACGACACGACGGAGCUGAUGACCUAGACCCUUAACCAAGCUAAUUAACGACCGGACCUAUCAUCGAACAGUUUUGAUGAAGGUCGACCAGUCUCAGGACCACAAGCAGAUCGAUCAUGUAUUCGCGUGGCUGUCGCAGAAAACGUGUGACGAUCGGAAUAUAGAACGACCGCGCUUCGUGUUUAGAUCAUCCCAGUGGUCCGGGGCGAAGAGUAAAACGGAGAAAAGUAACGAAAACGGGAGAAAAAAAAUGUAAAACAAACGGCAAAAAAAAAAACACAAAAUAUGAAAUAAGCGUUGAAGGAAGUGGAGGAGGAACGGGAGAGAUAAAACGAGUGACGAAAAAUAGAAGGGGGAAAAAAUUGUAAAGUGGACACACAAAUGACGGGAAGGAACGAGGGAAGGGACAAAAGAACAAGAGAAAUUCGUUCAAAACGUGAUAGUAAAGACACUUUUUCUGGCGCACUGUACGAAGAAAGUGUGACUGUUGUUCGCUAUAAAUUGAUAUAGUGCAAGUUGCGUGCGGUUUGCUUCGUGUGAAUGGCGGUGAACGAGGUGUUUAGGUGUAUUUUUUUUAACGGUCAGGCGCGCGUCGCUGAUUCUGUCGAGUGCACAAGUAUCAGUGUGUAAAUGGCGAAUAACUUUUAACCGAAGUAAGAUACGUAGGCGAGCGACAGGAAAAGGGUGACGGACAUUACGAAGUGCCUGAUUUACAACGCCCUUGACAGCACCGUUUCGUCAACCCUUUUCAUUGCCUCCUAUCCUGAACGUUAUCUUGCACCCCUAACGAUACGGUCACUAAAACUAGCGAAGGUAACAGAGAAACUUGUUAAUUGAGACUAACUCUAAAUAUGAAAGAUCGACGAAUGCAUUUAAGGUAUUUAAUUAUACAAAUCUCAUCGGUUUGUUUAUUCUGUUUUGUAUUUCCCCUUUUUCAAUGUUUCUGACCAUACAGAAAUUCUUCGUGAAAAAAGUUCAACGCGACCCGAGGUACGUAUCUUGAAACGUGACUAAAAUAUUUCUUCGAGUAAUAACGAUAGCGACGAGACUAAUGUAAAAUCUGAGAGGUAGCAGGUUAACCGAUAAAAGGGUAAGGCGAGAGAAUUCAAUAGGGGAGAAGUGUUUAACGACCAAGAGAGAUGGAAGCAAUUGAGGAGAAAUAGAAGAGAACGAGGAAAUUUUCUU